AUGCCUCCGAGAUCAGUACUACCAUCCUCGUCACAGGUCGCGGCUCCGAUACCGAGCUCGCAGAUCGUUGGAACAGCUCAAUCAGCAAAGAAGCUCAAGCAGUAUCGGCCAGUGAAGCCAUUACCUUUCGAGCUUCGGGAUAUUAUCAAUGUCUACAUCGAAGAGCAGCUCUUUUCACAAGCCAUUCCAUUACUCUCAAACACAUUAAUCGCAGGCACGGAUGGCACAUCUGAUGGUCGGCCGUUACCAACUUGUGUCCCAUCUCCCCAGGUCCUGGCAGUUAUGGCAACUCUGGCUGUACAUCCCAUGUGGACCAAUCGAGCUACAGAACCGGAGAAUGUGAAGAUAGCCAACGAUGCUUUGUUCCUCCUCAAACACGUCAACUCCAUUGUCGGUGGUACCAAUGCCAACUUUACAUCAGCUUUCAAGUUUCUCGAUAGAUUCGACUCUCGAGACCGCCGCCGACGUACUGGAGAUCAUGUCGGUAGUCCAGAAGAGGACGGCAAGCUGAAGAUCAAACUGGCCAACCAAAGUGCAAUCUGGAAUCUGGCCGAAGACUUCUGGAGCGUGGUCGGGUGGGCCUUCAACUGCUCGUGUCAGCAUCCCAAACGAUGGGAAAGAUGGAGGCCCUGGUUGGAGUUCAUACUUGACGCGCUUGAAGACGAUCUACAGGAAAGGAUAUCUGCUGUCGAGCCUCUGAGGGAAGACGGCAAGGAAGCGGCAGCCAAUACAUUGCUAUCUGAGAGUCUGAUCGCGCAGUACUGUCUCGCUACGGGCGACGGCAGAGCCAGCAAACGAAGAGUCAUGAGAGCAAUCCUCGCCAAUGGCUGUAAGAAAAAUCUGGACGAGUUUCACGAGAUAUGGAAGAACGAGACCAAACCUCCGAAAGAGAAGAAGAUGGAAGAGCUGGUCUCAAAAAAGAAGAUCGACUUUGACAAUGACGAGUACGGCGACUAUAUGGACAUGGACGACUCUGAAGAAGAGGAGGAUGACUUACCCUCGACACCAAAAGCAACAACCUCAGCACGUUCGUCACGUAAGAGAGGACGACCAUCAUCAGCAACACCGGAUGUGGAUGCAGAGAGCGAAUACACUGCAUCUUCCGAUUAUGGUGGAUAUGAAGCUGUGCACCUACGCCAGCGUCUCAUCGCUUUGCUCACCCAAAUUUCACUGCACUACGAACACGCCUUCAUGGAGGCUGAAGACUGCUUCGAUUUGGUGACAGAGUUCCUUCGCCCUCUCCCAUUAGAUACCUUCAUGCUAUUCGUCUCGCCUCCAGGCUCCUGGCUGGAAGACCAUUCACACGCCUCGCUCUGUCAAAAUCUUCUCCGUCCGACCAUCUCCUCCGACGCACCAACCUACCACGCGGACACGAUGACACAAAUCGAAUUCGAGAAACACUUCUUAGCAUAUCCAGCUAACUACGCCAAUUAUGUUGAGAACGCACGAGUGAGCCUAUUGGUUGAGAAGCUGCUGAGAUUGCUAUUCACAAAUUCUGCACUGGUUGUUAACGACAGCCUGAAGAAGAAGCUGGAUGAAGGAAUCAAGGCUAGAGAAGCAAAGGCAAAGUUUGGAGCGAGAAAGUUGGUGGGUGCGAAAGAGGCGGAAGAGGAGAAAGCUGUGCAGAUGCUGAGCCGCAGUGCAACGAGGAUGAGGAUGACGGUUCAGAUAGCUGGUGCUCAACAGCAGCAGCAGCAGCAGCAGUAG